CUUGUGAUCUGCACUUUUCAUCUGCUGCCUCUGUAUAGGCCGACCAAUACCCUCCGCCUAGACUCUUUACCACAAUCUUGCCCAUUAUGACUAUUUCGGCACCUACUCCACGUACGCUCUACGACAAAAUAUGGGACGAUCAUGUUGUCGAACAAAUGCCGGAUGGAACUUGUUUGAUAUAUAUUGACCGUCACCUUGUGCACGAGGUCACUUCUCCUCAGGCCUUUGAGGGUUUGAGGAAUGCUGGAAGGAAGGUGCGAAGAGGUGACUUGACUCUGGCGACCGUCGAUCACAAUAUUCCUACGACUGGGAAUCGUAAGAAUUUCAAAUCCAUUGCCACAUUUGUUGAUGAGAUUGAAUCCCGCACUCAGUGUCAAACUUUGGAAGAAAAUGUCGCCGAAUUUGGUGUUACAUACUUUGGCUUGAGUGACAAACGCCAGGGUAUUGUUCAUGUUAUCGGUCCUGAGCAGGGAUUCACUCUGCCAGGAACUACCCUCGUCUGUGGCGAUUCGCACACUUCGACCCAUGGAGCUUUCGGUGCUCUUGCCUUUGGUAUUGGUACAUCCGAGGUGGAACACGUUCUUGCUACACAAACUAUUCUUCAAAAAAAGUCAAAGAACAUGCGAAUUCGGGUCAAUGGUGAAGUGCCUGAAGGAGUCAACUCAAAAGAUGUUAUUUUGCACAUUAUUGGUGUCAUUGGUACGGCUGGUGGUACAGGACAUGUUAUUGAGUUUUGCGGGUCGGCACUGGAAUCCAUGUCCAUGGAAGCGCGCAUGUCCAUCUGUAAUAUGGCCAUUGAGGCUGGUGCACGAGCUGGAAUGAUUGCCCCAGACGAAAUCACGUUUGAAUACCUAAAAGGACGUCCUCUUGCUCCAAAAGCCGGUGAAGAAUGGGACGCUGCAGUCGCAUACUGGCGAUCUCUACGAUCGGAUCCUGGAGCAAAAUACGAUAUUGAGGUCGAGAUCAACGGACAAGAAAUUAUUCCCACUGUGACUUGGGGGACGAGUCCGCAAGAUGUGGUGGCCAUUACUGGAAAUGUGCCGGACCCCUCAAAGGUUGAAGACGCUGGAAAACGGGCGGCUAUGGAGAGGGCGUUGGCUUACAUGGGCCUGGAACCCAACACGAAGAUGACCGACAUCCCCGUUGACAAGGUUUUCAUUGGCUCUUGCACAAACUCACGAAUUGAGGAUCUGCGGUCCGCUGCGCGUAUCGCUUACGGACGCAAGGUCGCCCCGAAUGUCCACGCUAUGGUCGUUCCUGGUUCCGGGCUUGUCAAGCAACAGGCUGAAGCGGAAGGCUUGGAUAAGGUCUUUAUCGAAGCCGGUUUUGAUUGGCGCGAGGCCGGUUGCUCCAUGUGUCUAGGAAUGAACCCCGAUCAGCUCAAGCCUUUGGAGCGCUGUGCAUCAACCUCAAAUCGGAACUUUGAGGGACGGCAGGGACCUAAGGGCCGUACCCACCUUGUAAGUCCGGCCAUGGCCGCUGCAGCCGCGGUUACAGGACACCUGGCGGAUGUGAGGGAGUUGUUGAACGGAUCCGCCCCCGCUAGCCAGCUAAACAUUACUGUGACGGUUCGCGACUCUAAGGAAUUUUUGGGCACGGAUAUUUUGACGCCAGCCACGCAAGAAUUGGUAGAGACAAGUGACACGACGACAGUUACUGCACCUAUUACGGGGUCCGCGGGCGGAAUGCCCAAGUUUACCGUGUUGAAGGGCAUCGCAGCGCCUCUGCCCAUGUCUAACGUUGAUACGGACAUGAUCAUUCCUAAGCAGUUCCUAAAGACGAUCAAACGUACCGGUCUCGGAAAAUCCUUGUUUUACGAACUCCGAUAUGACACUGCCACCAACACUCCCCUCCCGACUUUUGUCCUCAACACGCCACCCUACACACAAGCGUCCAUUCUGGUUGCUGGAGAGAACUUUGGUUGUGGGUCUAGUCGUGAGCACGCUCCUUGGGCUCUGCAAGACUUUGGAAUCCGGUGUAUUAUUGCCCCAUCGUUUGCCGACAUCUUUUUUAACAAUUGCUUCAAGAAUGGCAUGCUGCCUAUUCCUCUUCCUGCAGCCACUGUGUCUAUUCUGAUGGCUGAUGCACAAGAAGGGAAACACUUGGAAAUUGAUCUACCUGCCCAAGUCAUUCGACGUGAAAAUGGUGAAGAGAUUCCCUUCAAGGUUGAAGAAUUCCCAAAGCACUGCUUGAUAAAUGGGUUGGAUGACAUUGGCCUCACGAUGCAAAAGGAUGCUCUCAUCAAGGUAUUUGAAGGCAAGAGAAGCCGAGAGUGGCCGUGGUUGGAUGGUGUGGGGUACCGUGGAAAGGUUGUCAAACCGUUUGUCGAGCAAAAGCCAAAGAUGGAUUGGUAGAUUUUCAAUAUGUAAAAAAGAAAUCCGUCAUGUAAAAAUACCAAGAAUUGCAUUUGUUUUUAUUCACAAA